UUUUCCAUCCAUUUCUGACCAUUACGCACGAGGUUGCUGUCAAAUGAAUACACAAACGCUGCGUAAAACUCGGUAUGUGGUGUCGUGUUAAUUUAGAACGCGAUCUGAAGUGUCCAUGCACGAAAUCUGACGUCAUAUUUAUGGUAAACGGUGAAAACGUGGACUAAAUGUCACGUGAAGUCGUUGAAUGCGGCAUUAGUAGUUGCGUUGUGACUAAAAUGGUGCGCGUAAACAAAUAACCAAGUGUGUUGUAACGGCCUGGAACGAAGCUGUGAUUCGACACUGAUUUCAGAGUGAAUAUCGUGAAUGGUUUACGUAUUACACCGUGUUGUUUUCGUUGUGUUGGGUCGUGCGCGGUGGGUCCAUACAUUCUUUGUUGACUGGAACUGCGGAAGUGAAGGAGGCGCUCGGGCCGAAACGCGGUGCAGUGGCGACAUCUAGCGGCCGUACAGCAGAAGGGCAUUUAUUGGGAAAUGGGAAAAGUGCAGAGUAUCCAAAAAUUGUACUUGCGUCAGUUGUUGAUCGUUCUAAAGGUAUUACUCAAGCAUAAGCGGACCACAACUGAGUUCCUGUUUUGAGCUUUGAAUCCUCGCAGAAGUCAGAAGAAUCAGGUGGACAUGUACGGUUCCUCAGGCAUCCCAGAGCUCAUCCCCCCCGGCGGCCCCCCACAGCAGCCGGGCCCCGGGGGACAGUACAACCCCGGACACCCCCAGGACGGCCACGCAGGGGGCCCCAACCCGCAGAGGCUGGGACAGAGAGCGCCUAAGCUGGGCCAGAUCGGCCGCUCCAAGAAAGUGGACCUGGAGGACGAGGACCUGGACGACAUCAUGAACAACAACAACAACCAGUGUCCCGUGUCCCUGUCGCCCAUCUCCUAAAAGCCCCGCCCGCAAGUGCCAACACACCACGCCCCCCCUCGCCCGCACGGGACGCCAAAUCCGCUCCGACCCGGCCUUCUUCAAGUGUCUUAGCGACGCCUUCCCACGGUCUCCACGACGACACAAAACGGCUGACUGUACAUAGUGUUUGAUAAGCUGACGACGGCGGGGAUGCGAACAAGCGCCCCGUCCGUCCGUAUACCUCGCCUGACGGACUUUAGGGACUUUUCGCAGGAUGUUUGGAAGUCUUAAAAAAGGGCUACAAGUUGCACUGGAGUGAACGAUUAGCUGGAGACUCUUCUUUUUGUAGCUAUGGUUACUAAUGACAGGAGAAGACUCGGGUCACGGUGGGGAAUUAUUUAAGAAACUUUCCAGAUUUUGGAGAAUGAAACUGUGAGGAAAAAGUUACUGUUUCAUUUUGAUUUGUAACAGACGAGUCGUUUAGUUAACAAUGUGGCGUAAUUGGAACUGGUUACCUUCUGAUCAGAGGGACUUGCUGCUGCUGCAACUCUUGCCACUAAGAAUGAAAGCCCAAAUUUGAUCAUAUAUGAAGUUUUUUUGAUUAACUUAAUAAAGAUAAUGAAGUUGAAAGACCACAAUUUUCUUCAAUGUGACAAUUUGGAGAAUUUUUUGAGUUAAAAAUAUGAAGUUUGUAAGAUAUAAAGAAUUUCUCAUAUCAAAAUUAUGCCAAAUUUCACGGGCUUGAAAUAUAUUUGUGAAAUCUGCGUGAAAAUUUGAACAGUAACUUCUUGAACUGUGUAAAGAAACAAUUUUGAAUUUCAUUUUUUGGUUGUGCAAUGACUUCUAUCUCAAUGCAAAUGCGAUGGAUCACUUAGCAUUAUUUAUUAUGACUAUUACUAUUAUUAUUAUUAUUCUUACUACCACUUUAUGUUGUAAUGCCUUUGUCUUUUUAUUGAAUGGAACUUAAGAUUUUUUUUCUUUAAUUUUUUUUUUUUUUUUUUUUUUGGACUUUUUCAAAUGGUGCACUUUUGUGGGCAUGCCCGUUCUGUGCCGUGGUUGACAGUUCUUCUAUGCAUGAAGUCUGUGGAACAUCUCAGAUCAUAACUGGUCGCUCUCAAGGGCUAGAAGCUUGUUGAGUCCUUGCUGCCUUUGGAACUUUUGGAUAAUUUGUUAUUUGAAGUUGAAAAUAUGUAAAAUUUCUCUGAACUGUGAGCACGUUUACACUGUAAAAAAAAAAAAAAAAAAAAAAGUAUGUACAUGAGUUAGGUAAGAUCAGAAGUGUGAUUUGAGCAGUUUGGAGUUCGGGUUGGUUUAUAUGUAUUUGGUUGUUAGUUGUUUAUAUAUACUAUGAAUAUACUAUUUACGUACAGCACGGGUAUUGUCACAAAAAAAAAAACAAGAAAAAAAAACAAAAAAACACUGUAUGUAGCUUACUUCUACCAAAAAUACGUAUCAAAUGUUGCUACUUCAACUACUACAUUUUUCAUUUAAAUAUAUUAUGUGUUUUUAAAAUUUUACGUAUGAUUUUUAAAAAUUUAGUUUUUAUUUAAAUUUUUACAAUUUUUAUUUAUUACUAUUAUAAUUUUUUUUUCUAGGUUACAUUUAAUAUAACUAAAAUUGUUUCUAAAAAUCUUACUUUAAUCCUUCCACGGUUAAAAAUUUCUAUAAAAUUAUUACAUUUUGAUAAACCUAUUCUCAAGCCAGUGAACUCAGAAAAAAACAUUAAGAAUUAUUAACAAAUUUUUUGACUCUCUUCCGUCGCCCUACAUUAUACGUAACUAAAAUUUUUGACUCCUUUUUGGCUGUACAUUGUACGUAACUAAAAUUUUUGACUCUUUCUCAUCACCGUACAUUAUACAAAACAAACCUUUUUUGACUCUUUUUCGUUGCUGUAAAUUAUACGUAACUAAAAUUUUUGACUCUUUUUCGUCACCGUACAUUAUACGUAACUAAAUCUAAAUUUUCUGACUCUUUUUUUUGUCACUGUACAUUAUAUGUAACUAACAUUUUUGACUCUUUCCGUCACCAAACAUUAUAAGUACCUAAAUCUAAACUGGUCCACACUCCUCAAAUACACUUUCUGAACUGAAGUCAUUUGAACUCAUGUAAGCAUUUCUUUUUUUUUUACAGUGUAAGUACUAUUUACUCUACCUUAUAACUUGCUGACACCUCAAAAUGUAUUUCUAGAAGUUGUAAACACAAAUAUUACAGUCUGUUGUUUGACUGCUGAGACAAUCUGGAAAGCUGUUUUUGUAGUUUUUCAUUUUGAAGUGGACUGCACUGUAAAACAGACUCAUGUUGAUGAUGUCAUGAGGAUAAACUUGUAUUGUAUUGCGUCAUGUAAGCACUGCACACAGCUCAUUGUGGUUUUCAAAGUAUGGGCUGUCAAUGUUUGCAUGGGACUUUUCAUAUUGCAUUUCUGGAAAUAAAUUUGAUGAUUAUUUGUGAA